AUGGAGCUGGAGGAGCUGGGCAUCCGCGAGGAGUGCGGCGUGUUCGGCUGCAUCGCCUCCGGCGUGUGGCCCACGGAGCUGGACGUGCCCCAUGUGAUCACCCUGGGGCUGGUGGGGCUGCAGCACAGGGGCCAAGAGAGUGCUGGAAUUGUGACAAGUGAUGGAGAGUCAUCCCAGGCGUUCAAAGUACAUAAGGGAAUGGGUCUUAUUAAUCACGUGUUCAAUGCAGACAGCCUGAAGAAGCUGUAUGUUUCAAACCUUGGGAUUGGCCACACAAGGUACUCCACCUCAGGAAUUUCUGAGCUGCAGAACUGCCAGCCUUUUGUUGUAGAAACUCUUCAUGGGAAGAUUGCUGUGGCACACAAUGGUGAACUAACAAAUGCCGUACGACUUAGAAGAAAGCUUAUGAGGCAUGGUGUAGGACUGUCAACCAGUUCUGACAGUGAACUGAUCACCCAGCUGCUGGCUUUCACACCUCCUUUAGAAAAUGAUGACACUGCAGACUGGGUAGCAAGAAUAAAAAAUUUGAUGAAUGAAACUCCAACUUCAUAUUCAUUGCUAAUAAUGCAUAAAGACAUAAUCUAUGCAGUACGUGAUCCGUAUGGAAAUCGUCCACUCUGCAUUGGUCGCCUUAUUCCAGUAGGGGAUAUGAAUGGAAAAGGAAAAGAUAACAGUGAAACAGAAGGCUGGGUAGUCUCCUCUGAAUCCUGUAGCUUUUUAUCUAUCGGUGCAGAGUACUAUCGUGAGGUCCUUCCUGGUGAGAUUGUGAAAAUAUCCAGGUAUGAGGUCCAAACACUAGAUGUUGUACCAAGACCUGAGGGAGAUCCAUCAGCAUUCUGCAUCUUUGAAUAUGUUUAUUUUGCAAGACCAGACAGUAUCUUUGAAGGUCAGAUGGUGUAUUCAGUCAGGAGAAGAUGUGGUCAACAACUUGCUAUUGAAGCACCUGUGGAAGCAGACCUGGUCAGCACUGUUCCGGAGUCUGCAACCCCAGCAGCUCUUGGUUACGCUCAAAAGUGUGGACUACCGUAUGUUGAAGUACUCUGUAAAAAUCGGUAUGUAGGAAGAACUUUUAUCCAGCCAAAUAUGAGGUUAAGGCAGCUUGGCGUUGCAAAAAAGUUUGGAGUUCUGUCUGACAAUUUUAAAGGCAAGCGAGUGGUUAUCAUUGAUGAUUCAAUUGUGAGAGGCAAUACCAUUUCACCCAUAAUAAAGCUACUAAGGGAAUCUGGAGCUAAAGAGGUGCAUAUCCGUGUGGCUUCACCUCCCAUAAGAUUUCCUUGUUACAUGGGAAUAAAUAUUCCAACGAAAGAAGAACUCAUUGCUAACAGACCUGAAUUUCAUGACCUUGCAAACUAUAUAGGAGCAGACAGUGUUGUUUAUCUUUCUGUGGAAGGGCUGGUAUCAUCAGUGCAAGAAAGCAUCAAAGCAAGGAAAGAGAGUGAGAACAGCCUUAAAACACAGAAGUCACGUGCUGGAAAGAUUGGUCAUUGCACAGCAUGUCUUACUGGAGAGUAUCCUGUAGAGCUGGAAUGGUGAAUUUUUAGUGGAUGAACUUCAGUUCAUCUGUUGCUGAACAGAAAUUUUUCAAAGAUGCCGUUUUACUAUUAGUCUUCCUCCAUUUUAGGUAAUACUUAAAAGCUUAUUACAUCUAACUACUGUUACUAAAAUAUGUCUUUACGGACUUAGAGAAAGUGUGUGGUGGUGAUGAAAACUAUAUAAGAUAAAAAUACAAAAUCAUAUAGUUUGUGAUGCACAGUUGUGCAUUCUGUUUUCUCAAAAAAUAAUUUAAAAGCCAAAGUGUUUUUAAUUAUGGAGGUGUCCCAGAGUUUUUUGGUUCAGUCUUGCCCUGAAAGUAAGAUUACCCCCAUUAGACCUGUUCACAUAUACAAAUCAUGGAUCAUGUGGUAAAAUUUCAAAUUAUCAAAGUCUUAAUGAAAAGGUAUGUGAAGUAAAAAUACGAGAUUCUGAAGUCAAAUUGCUUCCUCAGCAGUUCUUGCAUUUUUUUUUUUAAGACUAGACGUACCUAACUUUUGCAUGUAUAGCUAAGUAGUCCUUAUUAACAAGCCUUUUGUAAUUAGUAAAUGUCCAGAUUCUGUGCACAUGAUGCGUAGCAUGAUUUUAAAAAUUAAAGACUCAGGGAAAUGUUCAGCCAAAUGUUCAGCUCUCUAGUUUUAUGUGUUCAUUUUUUUUUUUUUUUUUUUUAAGUCCACUGUCAUUGCAUUAUCUUUGGGUGCUUUUACUAAUUGCUAAUAGAAUGUGGAAGGAGAAAAAUACCUGGCACUGACAGAGAUUUUAUAUUCCCUGUGACAUUAGAUUUUCUCCAGGAUAAAGCCCCCAAAAUUCUGCUGGGCUAAUGCUCGGUGUGCUUUUUUGUAUGUCAACCUUCAAUGUAAAAUCAAAAAUAAAAUUACUGUACUUGCUUAACAGUAAGUAUGAUGAUAUAUCAACUUAGGAUAUA